UGUAAGCCAUCACAUCUCAGCAUGGGAGGGGACUCAAAUGAGACAGCAGGAUUAAAGAGACGCCCGUCUAAGCAAACAAUUCACAUUCUUGAACUUCACUGCACGGAAAAGACAACAUGACAUUGUGCGUCGCCCAACAAGCGGUCCAAAGAUGCUUCCCCGUCGUCAGACGGAGUUUAACUCAAGGUGCUGCGCUGGCGCAGGCGCUCGGGACGGCUGGCGUACAGGACGAGGUGCACGUGGCCACCACGCGCCCAUUCACCGAGAUCCCCAGCACUGGGAACAAUGGCUGGAUUAAUCUGCUCCGAUUCUGGAAAGGAGAUACAUUACAGAAACUACAUUUGCACAUGGAUGACAGCUUUCGGAAGCUUGGCCCGAUUUACAGGGAGAAAAUAGGUUCUAAAGAGAUGGUAAAUGUCUUUCUCCCUGAAGAUGUGGAAGCCAUUUUCCAUUCUGAGGAUGUGUACCCCCGCCGAAUGCAAAUAGCACUUUGGAUUGCACACCGAGACUCCAGGAAGAGGUGCUAUGGAGUGUUUCUCAAAGAUGGACCAGCAUGGCGAGAAGAUCGUCUUGUCCUAAACAAGGAGGUCAUGAGCGUUGGAGCAGUGAAUAAGUUUCUGCCUUUACUCGAUGAAGUAUCCUGUGAUUUUGUUGCUCACCUGGCACAGCGCAUUGAGAGAGGGGGCUUGGGGGGAUCGCUUAAGAUGGAUUUGUACCCAGAGCUGUUUCGAUUUACAAUGGAAUCAUCUUGUAAUGUCCUCUUUGGGGAACGGCUUGGUUUGUUGAGCACCCUUACACCUGAUAGCAAAAAAUUCAUUUCAUCAAUUGAGCGGAUGUUUGAAACCACUCUGUCUUUAAUGUUCAUUCCACCACAAUUGCUACAGUUUCUGAGCAUUCGCCAGUGGAAAGAGCAACUGGCUUGUUGGGAUGAAAUCUUCAAUCAUGUUGAUCUGCGUGUCCUGGAUUUCUACAGGAAACUCCACAAUAAUGUAGCAUCCUCUACAGAUAGAAAGUAUGCUGGUGUGCUAGCAGAGCUACUGGAGCAGGCUAAGCUCCCCGUAGAAAACAUCAUAGCCAGCAUAAUUGAGAUGAUGGUUGGCGGUGUAGAUACGACAGCAGUACCAUUGCAUAUGGCGCUAUUCGAAUUGGCCCGCAACCCUGAUAUCCAAGAAUUGGUUCGGAAACAGGUGCAAGCUGCCUGGGAGAAGACAGGUGGCAAUGCAGCAGAAACUCUAAAGGCAACACCACUACUCAGAGCCAUAAUCAAAGAGAUUCUUAGGCUUUACCCAGUCGGAGUUGUAAUCCAGAGGAUACCUUCUAAAGAUCUGGUGCUUCAGAACUACCACAUUCCAGCAGGGACACUAGUGCAGGUAUCUCUCUUCAGUCUGGGACGAAGUCCACAAGUCUUUUCACAACCACUGCAUUUCCAACCAGGGCGCUGGGAAAAACCACAACUGGAUUGCUCUGGCUCACACUCACCCUUCAAAUUUCUGACAUUUGGCUUUGGCUCGCGACAGUGUCUGGGUCGAAGAAUUGCCGAGACUGAGAUGCAGCUCUUCUUGUUGCAUAUGUUGAAGAAUUUUAGGUUGGAAGUGCAGUCCAAAGAAGAAAUCAAAUUUAGAUAUUCAUUGAUUUUACUUCCGGAGAAAGUGCCUCACAUAACCUUCAAGCUGCUGUCAGCAAACUAAGUGAGGCAGACUGGAGAACAAAGUGUUUUGCCUUGGUUUUACUGAACAAACACUGUUUAGGUGUGAAAAGGAGCAAAAAUCCAAAUACACAUAUUCCAAAUUUUAAAAUAACCAGUAUCUGAAGAAGUAUGUAAAAGUCAGAAAUCAAAAUCUACCCUGAAUCUGUUAUUCCAGAAAACAAAUUUAUCUGUAGACAGUACCCAGUACUGACUUUGAAGAAUACAAAAGGACAAGAGAAUUGUAAAAAAUUUUGUGGUGCAUGAGGUUCUGAGGCUUGUAACUGUGUUAACCUUACUGUUUGUGCUUUGCUGCUUUUGGCCUUAAUUUCAUGUCUUGAAUACAUCAGUAGUUUCAGUUUGAAAAUAAAUUGCUAAUUACUUUUGAACAAAAUAUUGAAUUGGUUUAUAUGUCUGUUGAUUCUUUCUUUCAGUACACAAAUUAUUUAUGA